CACCUUGCAUUGUGACAGUGACACAAAACACCAUAGUCGUUCCUGCACUGUUUCAUCAAUUCCAUAAUUUCAUUUUCCAUUAGUGAUAAUAGUGAUUAAUUAAAAUUAGUAUGUGAUUGUUAGGUGCAAAUUUGAUGAAUAGUUAGACUCAUACUUCUUGAACAAUUCAACAUUUACUGGCUUUUCAACUUGAGAAACAAGCAAUAAUGGCGACCAAUACCGCAUCGACAUUCACCUUGGAUAACUUCAGAAUGCCUUCUGAACCUCAUCCGUUGCCGUCGCUCGGCUCCGAUGAAGAGUCGUUUGUGAUUUUGGGUAAAUCGAUGAGCCCUGACGAGGACGCUCCUUCCAGCGAAGAACUUUUCCAGCCCCCGUCGGUAACAGUAGUCGAAGAAGCCAAGAAGUUGAUAAAUAAAGAGAUUUCCCUAUUGGAACAGAUGAGUUUGGACAAGAAGAUGAUGGGUGUGAGUUUGAAGGAUGUCGAACAAAGUUCUUCGGGAAACAUUGUUCAGUCUCAGGAUAAGUGCGAAGUGUCAGUGAAGGAGCAAUCAAACAGCGAUGCUGCUGUCACGUCAUAUCGUUCAGACGAUUCUCUGGGCACGCCGAAAAUGCAACAAUCUGCAAUAUUCAACUUGACAAACUCAGUAAUAAACGGUUUACCGGAAAUACAAAAUCUCCCAAAGUGGUCUUUCGAGGAUUUGCCGUCUGAAGAGGUCCAAAGAAAAAUAUCACAGAUAAUUGAUGAGAACGUUCAUCUAAAAGAUGCUUUGCUACAGAAUAAUAUGAGCAUGAAGUCGCAGUAUGAAAGAAUUGUGGCUUGGCAAGAAGACGUUCAAAAGGUGCAUCAAGCUCAUAGGCAGAAGCUUGCCGAGGCGAAAGAUUUUAUAGAGAAGAUGAAGGCUGAUAACUUGAUGGUGAAACAUCAAUUGGAGAAGUCAAAUGAACUCUCGGAAACACAGAAAAAUGAAAUUGCAGAUUUGAAAUUGAAAAUUGAGGAAAGUAAACGUUUGACCAACGCUAAAAUUGCUCAGAGCAGUGACAAUAACAUAAAAGAAUUUGAAUUGGAUGCUGCCAACAAAAAAAUUAAGGAGUUGGAAAACAUACUGAAAACAUCAAUGGUCGAAAAUAAAAUCUUGAACGAGGAAAAAUCAAAGUUAGAAUUGGAUGCAAGUGCUGGAAAAUGUGAAAUUGAGAAAUUGGUGAACGAUAAUAUCCUGUUGAAAAAUGAGAAUUCUAAAUUAACUGACACUAUUGAAAAGAACAACAUCGACAGAGAAUUAAUCCAACAAAAAUGUGUGCAGUUGGAAUUGGAGCUGGAAAAAGCAAAAAAUACCGCUGUGGAAAGAGAAGAAUAUCAUGCCAGAGUAUACAAUGAUUUGCAGUACAGAGCCUCAUCACCCCCUGAGCUACAGCAUCUUCGUGCCCAACUGGCCAGUACUCAGGGCAUGCUGACACAAGUCGAACAAAGUAGGGCUGCAGCAUAUUCACAAGUUGCGAUGAUGACUGAUCAAAUUAGGGGUCUGACUGAUCAUGUGGAAUCGCUGCAGGCUCAAACGCAUCAUAAAGAUGAAAUAUAUGCUCUUCUAACACAGCUUGAAGUUUACAAAGCUGAUUUUGAAGUUGAGAAACAAGCUAAAGAAACUAUCAAAGAAGAGAAGGAUAAACUAGCUGAAGAUUUGCAGAACUUGCAGAGACGUAAUCAACAACUCCAAGAAGAAUUAGAAGUAGCCCGUGACAAUGUUGAUUAUGUUGUAUACCCACAUGGUAAUAGACCUAGGGAUUCACCUAAUCAGAACUUGAAAUGUCCAAAAUGUUCUUUUGGAUUCACCUCAGUAAGAGCCCUGGAAAACCAUGUUUAUAGGCGUUACUUGAAAUACCCAGACUAUCACGUUAAAUACAAGCAACCCAUUGUCUUACCACUGAGCUUGGAAAGAUCUCUGAAGACCCCAUUGUUGCCUGAUAGAGCUUUAACUGGAGUCUAUAAUCCAUCUAGUGAUAUAGCUUACAAGCGAUAACCUAUUUCAUCAUUUUCUAAAGUUCUUAUCUAAUUAAUAAAAAAAAACCUUCCCAA